GACACUGUUCAUAGUCCUUUUGGCAGAGGGUGUCCCCCUGCCCCUUGUCCUUGCUGAUGUCAGGUGCCUGGGCUUGUCUCUUGUCCCCCAGCCUUGUCUUUUUCCUCUUGUCUUCUUCCCUUCUCCAUGUCAUUAGCCAUGACAACUACACCUAAGCUUCCUUUCUCCAUGUCAUUAGCCAUGGUAUUAAUUCCUUAGUCACUAUGAUACCCUAUCAUAUUUAAAUUUAAAAAAAAAAAUUGUAUUUAAUAUGGGUUUUUAAUUCCCAAUAUAAUUAAUACACAAAAGGUAAUUAAUAUAUUCCUUUUUUCCAUACCCAAAAUACCCUUGGUUGUGAAUCUAACAACCCCGUUAAGGGUUGUCACCGUAUCCCGUCCCCCAAAUUGUUGGUUCGUUCUCUCUCUCUUUGUAACUCAUCAAGUUGAAGUGCAAUAAAAUCCCCUGUGUAAAAAAAAAAAAUACACAGGCAUUAGGGAGACGUGACCUCUUAUAUCACUUUGUGAGAUGUGAACACCCAUGCUUAUAAAUAGUUGCGAGCACCGUAGCGAAAUUGGCUUUAGCACGUAGUACGAUGGCCGAAUUGGUUAAGGGGUCGUUUGGAUUGAGUAUUUGGGGAUGUUAUUUGAGGUCAAAUAACACAAAAUCUGUUAUUUAACCCCAAAUAACAUGUUUGGCUGACAAAAAGUGGGAUGUGUUAUUUGGAUGUAGUGUUUUGCCAAAUAACAGGUUUGAGACCAAAUAACACAAAAAGUGUUGUUUGCCAAAUACUUGGGAGGGGGCAGGUAUUUGCCAAAUAACAAGUUUGAGACCAAGUAUCACAUACCAAAUAACGGGGUCGUUUGGAUUGAGUAUUUGGGGGUGUUAUUUGAGGUCAAAUAACACAAAAUCUGUUAUUUAACCCCAAAUAACAUGUUUGGCUGACAAAAAGUGGGAUGUGUUAUUUGGAUGUAGUGUUUUGUCAAAUAACAGGUUUGAGACCAAAUAACACAAAAAGUGUUGUUUGCCAAAUACUUGGGAGGGGGCAGGUAUUUGCCAAAUAACAAGUUUGAGACCAAGUAUCACAUACCAAAUAACAAGUUUUAUAUUAUGUGGUAUUUGUGUGGUAAUUGGCCCCAAACAACAAGUUUGUCAAAUACUCAAUCCAAACGACCCCAACAAGUUUUAUAUUAUGUGGUAUUUGUGUGGUAAUUGGCCCCAAACAACAAGUUUGUCAAAUACUCAAUCCAAACGACCUUUAAGUGUUUUAUAAGGGUAAAUACGUCUAUUUCCUUUGAUUGGGACUCCAUGGGAAACGGUUCAAAUGUUCAAUCAACCAAUCAAAAAUGGAAAAUGUGGGAAGUGGGUUCUACCUGUAAAACUUACUCAACACUCUUUCCCUCUCCGACUCCGACCAUCUCCUGCUGCUUCUGCUCCGUCUCCCUAGAAAAUCAAGCAGCGAAUGGAACCAAUGGCAGCGGAGCCGUCGUCUCCUUCCAUAGUCGAAGUCAGAGAAGAGAUUAUGAUCUCUCCGGUCGACGGUGAAGCAACCUCUACGCCGAGGAUAGCCCAUUUCCUGAAACCCUCCAUCUCUUCAUUCAAAGCAACGAGCUUUGAGUCCCCUCCAUCCGAUCUCUCAAUAACCCCCUCGCGGCCGUUCGUUUCUUUUGCUGGUUGGAGGUACGGAGCAAGAAAUUGGAAGUUGUGGGUGGAGAAAAUGGCGGCAACCCACAAACCCACAUGGGAGAAAGCCGGCAUUUUUUAUGCGGUGAUGAACUCGGUCCACGAAAUCAGAAGAGACGACGACUUGGUUUUCGGAUUGGCGGAGAGAUGGUGCUCAAAGACCAACUCAUUCGUUUUGCCGUGGGGUGAAGCUACUGUGACAUUGGAGGAUAUGGCGGUUCUGGGGUUCUCUGUAUUAGGGUCCCCUGUUUUUCGCCCCAUUGGAGAAACAGAGGAGCUGAAAGAGCUGGAACAGGGUCUUAGUAUGGCGAUGAAGGAGAUCUCGCGAUCGAAGGCUAGAAAGGCAGCAGUUGGUUGCUGGAUACCGAAAUUCAGAGAUAGUGAGAGCUUAAUCGAGCACGAAGCUUUUCUGGUGGCAUGGCUGUCCAGGUACGUUUUUUCCAAUACUCACGAUUGCAUAAGAAGGGAAGCUUUUCCGAUAGCUAUUCACCUUGCUAGGGGAAUUAGAAUUGCUUUGGCACCUGCUGUUCUCGCCAGUAUUUAUCGCGAUUUGGGCAUUUUGAAGCGAGAAAUUGUCAAUGAAUCAAGAGGUUCUUCGUCUUCCGUUGUCAAACUCUGGUCACCAUUUCAGCUAGUCCAGGUAUGGGCUUGGGAGAGAUUCCUUCAGGUUCAGCCGCAGCCUAACGACCUGAGCCGCGGCGAACCCAGAUUAGCUCGAUGGAGUUCCAAGAAGAUAGAAAAAAGAGGCCAGGACAGGAGGAUGAUGUUGGACUCUGCUGCAGACACUUUCAUCUGGCGUCCGUACACUCUGCCGGUCAGAAAUUGGGAAUUUCCCCACAAAUUCUACGGCGAGAAGGAGAGAUGGGUAACGCUCAAGUCUGGCUAUGAGAACAACGACGACGAUGAUGAUGUGGUGUGUUUUGCUCGAUGCUUGAGGCCUUCAUUUCUUGUUGGAAUGGACACUGUAGAGCAGUAUUUUCCUCAUAGGGUUGCAAUGCAGUUUGGGUUUGAUCAAGGCAUACCUGGAUGUGUGGGUGAAUCAAACAAGACUACUGAUUGCUCUGAUGAUGCUUGGGGUGAUUACAGUAGAGAUUUAGAUGGUGUAAGCUUGUAUGUCCCGUCCCGGCUAUUCGAGGCCGAUGUAACUACCCUUUAUCAUCAAUGGUGGAAACAGGCAGUUGUGGAAUUGCGCCGAGGGGAGCUACUGAGUUUGUCAAAGCGGGACAAGGGAUCGAAGAAGUUGAUGGACAAGAAGGCUGGUGGUGGGAAGUUAACUUUGUCGAAGAAGGUUUCGAAGUAUGAGGAGAAGAGAGGUCUAAAAACAGCAGCAGAUGGUUCUGGCUCUAGGGGUCUUCUUAGUCAGAAAAUCUCUGCAAUGUCAUAUAAGAAUGCAAAGAGAAAGAAUGAUGGUAACAAUGGGUUGACUGACAUCGACCGCCUUGUGAAACGGGUGAGGGCGCGGGCUUAUGGUACCAGGGUUACUAAAGAUGGUUCUCGUAUUGAUAUUUUGGAUCCAUCACCGGUAUCAGAAGCUAAGGUUGUGGGAAGGGAUGAUGAUGAUGAGGAGGAGGAAGAUAUGAUGACAAUUGGACAGUUGGUGAAAGCUAACUACAAGCAUGGACAUGCUGAGAAGAUAAUAUAUGGUGGGGAUGCUCCCAGUUCGUCUCUCCGGUCAAGGAAUAUUGGAGGAGCUGCUGAAACUGUGUCGGCAUUGAUUGGGAUCGAAAGGGAAGCAGCUGCUGAAAGUAGACAGAAGAAUCAUGGCUACCAGAAUCAUUUGGAUCAGUCCUCGAAUUGCCAGUUUUCAGUAGCACAGGAUCAGACUCCUGGUGUAGGAUCCAGUGAUGUUUCGUCAGGUCAACUGCAAUCCCUUUCCUUUUCAGCGGAGAGAGAUGUGGUGGACUUGGUAAGUCCAGAUAGAGAAGCAACGAUGAAAACUGUGAUGAAGAUGGAGCCUUUUGAAGAAGUGAUGAAGGAAGUUACAGCAGCAGCAGUUGCUGAAGUUGAGAACCAAAGUAAUGAGUCUACUGUAAGCUUGUCUGGAGGAGCAGUGAACCUGGGCAUCAGAAACAGCGAAGCGGGUGGUGGUGAUUCCACGUUUGGAUCGAUGCUGAAACGGCUUGACACUCAGCUUAGUGGGCUGGAGAAGCAACUCGCUGUGUUGAAAGCAGCAAGAGUUGUUGGCAAUUAAUCCGGGGGAGUUGGAGUUCUAGCUUGGAUGUUUGUCAGCAUUUUGUUCUACUAAAUUUGUAUCAGCAAGGAAAAUUCAUCCUGAUGAUCAUUUAUAUCCUACGUUCUAAACUACUUUCUUGCUUCAUAGGAUGCAAUUACAACGUCUUGGUUCAGUUCAAGUUGGUGUAGUUGUAAAUUGACGCUACACAUUUAGAAAGCAAUAUCAACUGUAAUUGCAAAAGAAUUCGAAUUGCUUAUCAUUGGAAAUGGCAAUAUCACUCUGCAUACAUCCAACAAAACUAUCUCCAACCAAACAGUAUGUUCCUUUUAAGUAAUAUAAGGCUAUACUGAUA